AUGGCCGAGUCAAGUCCAGUAGAUGCUGUGUUGGAAUAUCUUAGAAGGAACAAGUUUACCAAAGCUGAAGCUGCUUUACGGACUGAACUGGGCAACAGGCCCGAUUUAAAUGGGAUUCUUCAAAAGCUUACGCUGGAUGAUAAGGGUACGGGCAACAAGUCAAAUGUAGAAGCAAAUGGGAGAAUUAUAGCUGAAGGAGAUCAAAACAGGGACAUUUUACCCUCGAGUGCUUCCGAAACAUCAAAGGAGCUAAUAGUGAAAGAGGUGGAGUGUGGGACGAGUGAUAAGAACUUCACCUUCUCAAAGAGUUCGGAUGAUGCCGUGCCCGAUUCGUGUUCAUGGAAAUGCACUACGAGCAAUGGGCCAAUUGCUUUUAAUCAAAACGAAGAGAACAAUUUUUUGGGAUUCCAAGUUUCGGGGAAGGCAAAAUUAAUUUCAGCUGAGACUCCUGGCAGUGGUCAAGUUAAUCUUAAAUCAGAUGCUAUCAUUUCUGGUGAAAAGAAAACGAAUUGGCUUGGCACUGUUAGUAAUGCCAGUAUGGAGCUGAAGUUUGAUAAAGAAGUCGAUCUUCAGAAGAAGCAGAGUAGUAUGUGUUCUAAGGACGAGCGCUGGAAAGAUUGUUCUGUCAAAACUGUUUUCCCCUUCCCCAGAGGAGACACUUGUACCAGUUAUGAUAAUAGUGCUGCUGUUGGCGAUAAAAGGGAGGGGAAAAAGAAAGCGGAAUUCAAUGACAUUAAGGCAGCAAUAAAGGAGCAAGUGGAUGAGGUGGGGAGAUCUCUUUUAUUUGGCAAGACUCAAGCAGGUGAGCCACAAGCUUUUGGUGCAUUAGAAUUUCAUCUUGCAUCUGAGAACCAGAAGGAAGAGCUGCCGAGACUGCCACCUGUCAGGCUUAAGUCAGAAGACAAGUCCUUUAAUAUUCACUGGGAGGAGAAAUAUGAACGUGAUGGACCUGGUCCAAUGAUCUUAAAUGCUGCUGACAACUCAUAUCCUAUUGGGUCGUUUCUGGAUGUACCUAUUGGUCAAGAAAUCAUUGCCUCAGGUAAAAGGCUAGGAGGAGGCAGCUGGCUCUCAGUAAGUCAGGGUAUUGCCGAGGAUACUUCUGAUCUGGUUUCUGGUUUUGCAACUAUAGGUGAUGGCCUGAGUGAAUCUAUUGACUACCCUAACGAAUACUGGGACUCCGACGAGUACGAAGAUGACGAUGAUGCUGGCUACAUGCGACAACCUAUAGAAGACGAGACCUGGUUUUUGGCUCAUGAAAUUGAUUACCCGAGUGAUAACGAUAAAGGGACUGCUCAGGGGAGUGUUCCGGAAAGAGGACCUAGCAAAAACGAUGAUGAUGAUCAAUCGUUUGCUGAGGAGGAUUCUUACCUGUCGGGUGAGCAGUUUUUACAGUUGAAAACUAUUGAUACCAUUGUGCCUUCAUAUGAUCCCUCUCCUGUUCACGAAGUCUACGGGAGGAAAAAUGAGAAUGACUUAAUGAUGGAGCAAUAUGACGGGCAGCUGAUGGAUGAGGAGGAGCUGAGUUUGAUGCGUGCUGAGCCUGUCUGGCAGGGCUUUGUGACUCAGUCGAAUGAACUCGUUAUGCUUGGAGAUGGGAAAAAUACGGCCGAAUGUGAAAGGCCACAUCCGGACGAGGUUUGUACGGACGAUAAUCAGCACGGUUCGGUUAGAUCCAUUGGGGUUGGGAUCAACAGUGAUGCAGCUGAUAUAGGAAGCGAAUUUCGAGAAAGUCUAGUCGGAGGUAGCAGUGAUGGUGACAUAGAGUACUUUCACGAUCGUGACUUCGACAAGACGGUUAAGAGAGAUGGUAAAAGGACAAAAAGACAGAACUCUGAUAAGUAUGUAAUGAGUAAUGAAAUGGGUGGACUGUAUAAUACUACUCAUGUUAUUAAGAGUCGUGUGGAUGGAGGAUUUUCUUUUCCUCCGCCUAGAGAUGGGCGAUUGGCUCAAACGAGCUCGAAUAAAUCUCUGUGGUCAAAUCAGGCAAACACUGGGUUCAGUGAGGAAGCAGAUGAUUGUGGCGUGUCGAAUGAUGACAUGCUUGCAAACUGGAGGCGCAAAAGUAGUGAGUCUUCUCCGGUUAAGAGCUUGAGGGACGAGGACAAUGCAAAUUCUAGUACCUCGUCUCUUUCGAAUUACGGGUACAAUGAUAGGGAGCAUGUGAAGAAAGAAGGUGAUGUGAAAACGGGUGGAUUGAGAGAAGAAGAUCCCGGGGCGUCGUUGGAGGAUGAGGAAGCAGCUGCCGUGCAAGAGCAAGUGAAGCAGAUCAAAGCUCAGGAGGAUGAAUUUGAGACGUUUGAUUUGAAGAUCGUCCACAGGAAAAACAGGACUGGCUUUGAGGAGGACAAGAAUUUCCACGUUGUUUUGAACUCUGUCAUUGCUGGUCGUUAUCAUGUCACUGAGUAUCUUGGUUCAGCAGCUUUUAGCAAGGCUAUUCAGGCGCAUGACUUGCACACUGGCAUGGAUGUCUGUAUGAAGAUCAUAAAGAACAACAAGGACUUUUUCGAUCAGAGCCUUGAUGAAAUAAAGCUGCUCAAGUAUGUGAACAAACAUGAUCCUGCUGACAAGUACCACAUUCUUCGGUUGUAUGAUUACUUCUAUUAUCGAGAGCAUUUAUUGAUUGUAUGUGAACUGCUGAAAGCAAACUUGUACGAAUUCCAUAAAUUCAAUAGAGAAUCUGGGGGAGAGGUCUAUUUCACGAUGCCUAGACUGCAGUCAAUCACCAUUCAGUGCUUGGAAGCCCUUCAAUUCUUACACAGCCUUGGUCUAAUACAUUGCGACCUGAAGCCUGAGAAUAUAUUAGUGAAAAGUUACAGUAGAUGUGAGGUGAAAGUUAUUGAUUUAGGAAGCAGUUGCUUUGAGACAGAUCAUCUUUGUUCAUACGUUCAAUCUAGGUCAUAUCGUGCACCGGAGGUUAUUUUAGGACUUCCAUAUGACAAGAAGAUCGAUAUCUGGUCCCUUGGUUGCAUAUUGGCCGAACUUUGUACAGGAAAUGUGCUCUUUCAAAAUGAUUCACCUGCCACUCUACUUGCUCGAGUGAUUGGAAUCAUAGGCACUAUCGAGCUGGACAUGCUAUCAAAAGGAAAGGAUACGUAUAAAUAUUUCACCAAAAAUCACAUGCUUUAUGAAAGGAAUCAGGAUUCAAACAGGCUCGAAUACUUGAUACCCAAAAAGUCAUCCCUAAGACACCGAUUACCAAUGGGAGACCAAGGCUUCAUUGACUUUGUCGCUUAUCUUCUACAAAUCAACCCAAAGAAAAGGCCCUCAGCAUCAGAGGCUCUAAAACAUCCGUGGUUACAAUAUCCUUACGAACCAAUAUCAUCCUAA